AUGAACGAGGGAUCGAAGAAGCUCUAUCACGUUUGCGAAGAGAUCGGUCGGGGAAGAUUCGGUACCGUUUUUCGGUGCUUCUUUCCUACUUCCGGCGACUUCUUCGCCUUAAAAUCCAUCAACAAGCGUCUCCUCUCUGACUCCGUCGAUCGAGAAUGCAUCGAUAAAGAAGCUAAGAUAAUGCAACUUCUCAGCGGCAACCCUAAUGUGGUUCAAAUCGCCGAUAUUCACGAGGACGAUACGUAUCUUGAAAUCGUUAUGGAGCUCUGCGAUUCUUCGGACCUCUUCGACCGUGUCUCCAAACGCACUUUCUCUGAUGUCGAAGCUGCUGCAAUUAUGUUACCUUUGAUGGAGGCGAUCGCUCAUUGCCACCGGUGGGGUGUUGCUCACCGUGACAUUAAGCCAGGUAACAUACUCUUUGAUAGUCGGAACCAGCUGAAGCUGGCUGAUUUUGGAUUUGCUGAGAUCUUUCACGACGGACAAUCCAUGAAGGGGAUCGUUGGGACGCCUUACUAUGUUGCUCCUGAGGUGCUUUCUGGAAGGGAUUACACUGAGAAAGUGGAUGUUUGGAGUGCGGGAGUUAUUUUGUACGUAAUGUUGUCCGGAAUCCCUCCUUUUUAUGGGGAUUCUGUGGCUGAUAUCUUUGAGGCGGUGCUUCGUGCGAAUCUCCGGUUUCCUGCUCGGAAUUUUUACUCUGUGUCCCCGGCCGCGAAAGAUCUUAUGCGGAAGAUGAUGUCAAAAGACGUCUCCAAGAGAUUCUCGGCCGAACAAGUACUUGGGCAUCCGUGGAUCACAAGCGGAGGGAGAAGCUAA